AUGUUAAGAUUACCUGAGCAAUUAAUUGCCGAUGUACUUGAUCGGCUGGAGCCAGACGACCUCGCCACCCUCCAGCGGACCACCAAGGGAUUCAGGCAUAUAAUUCUACGACGUGGAUUGUUCCCGGGCCGUGUCCGAGCCCUCUAUAUUCAUGGAACAGCGGCAAAAGUUAAGCAGAAAAAGGUGUCGCUGAGCUCGUUCGAAUUCGGAGUGGAGAGUCGGGACGGAACGGUGAUACUCGCCAACAACCGCCACAACGCCAUUUUCCAUCUGAGAGGGGCGAAGGGGUCACCCGAUGCAGGCGAGUCGGACGAUCAUGGCUAUCACCGCUACAAAGGGCCACACGCACAAAAUCGCCGAUUCCGGGUGUGUCUGAUGCGACAGCAAGGGUUCUCGCGGCAACUACUACGCCUACUGGGCCGUAUUCGUGCCGUCCAGGAAUUAACGCUACAGAUCAAGAAAUAUCACCCUGUAAUGCGCCGAGACCCGCUGAUACUCAGCUUGCCUUUUCCCCAGGAAAAGAAAAUGAAGAAUGAAGAGCUUGUCACUCGCAAGUCGGAUGGACGAGCAAUGCUAACGGAUGGGAGACAGCUCGGGCGCGUGAUUUCUCGAAUCACCCAUAUCGGCUGGUGCCGAUACUCGAUGUGCUUCAAGUAUCUAUUCCGGAACGUGCCACGCUUCCUGGGCGGGCGCCCGGAUUGUUUUGAUCUCGAUGAGGAAUUUAGCAUACCACUGCAGCAUGAUUUCCAAAGAUCUCGUCGACCGCGUGAAGUAAAAGGGUACCGGAGGCAGUGUGAAGGAUGGCCUGGGAAAGCAUUGAUAUGGAGAAUUGAAACUCGUUUCUACGAAUGGCUGUCGGAAUUUAUUCAACGUCCGAAGGAAUCCCGCCGACCAGGUUUUUUGUACAUUUUCGUUGGGAAAGGUUCGCCACACCGGGAUGGCCACGAUCUAUUCUCCAAAAGGAUACAGGCUGGAGUUGCGGCCCAUCUGCCGGCUUUCGUGCAAAUAGACUGGCCUCAAGAAAGCGAAGCAGUGGCGAAGAUUCGAAAAGCAUUCGACAGAUAUGUGGCACUGAGGGAGCAGCCGUACAGGGAGCCUCCCGAGCUACACAAUCUAUGGCGGGGAAAAUAUGAACUGGGUCCGCUCUGCGUGUGUCGUUUCUACCGCGAAGUUGGACGCAGCUCUGGUUUGACGCUGAUGCUGACUGGCCAUAUUCAACAAAUUUGCAAAAGCGGAGCAGUCGGUUACAAUAUUGUUUUUUCACUGAUGGAGGAUGCGGAUGAAAAACAAACG